AUGCCUUUCGCCGCGCUCGUUAAUGCGUUCCGCAACCUUGACCGUGGGCCUCAGGCCGCGUACGAGGCGAACAAUGAUAAAUUGCUGCUUCGUUUUUACGAUGUCCUCACACGCACCUGGCACCUGGGCUUCACUUCCUUUGGAGGGCCACCUGUCCACUUUCGAAUCUUUUACCAACGAUUUGUAGAGGGCCUCGGAGGGAAGACGCCAUGGGUUGACGAGCAGACGGUGUGA